AUGCAUGCUAUUCGCAUUCCGGUCAAUUUUCGCCGUCGCUAUAUACCACCUUUGGGAACUAACUUCAUGGGAGCUGCCUUUGGUGUGUCAUUAGCAACAGCGAAAGAAGAAGAUCUUAUCAAUAUUGCAUUGUGCGAUGACAAUGAGCUCUUCCUAUCGGCACUAGCAAGAGUCUCCGGGGCUAUACGACAAGCCAUAUCGCGUGUGAAUGCACGAAGCAUGAAGAGUGUUGUUCAAUUCUUGGUGGCGCAGAAAGACAUUACAAAUCUCAAAUUUGGUCCGAGAGAUGCAAAAAUCUCAAUCGUAUCUUGGGCAGAUGAAGAUGUGUACGACUUGAAUUGGGGCCAUGACAUCGGUUUUUGCGAUGCAGUGAGAUUGCCGAACUUGCGAAAACAAAGAUAUCCCGUUGUACUUCCGCGGCUUCCAAACGGCAAUCUGGAGGUUCUUGUCAGCUUUGAGAAACAGAUCAUGGAUUGCUUCAGGCUUGUGAAGGUUAUGAGGUCAACAAGCGUCGAUUUUGUUUGA